ACCAACAAAACAAGUCAAAAUGCGGAUAAUGUUGUUACGAUGACGCCCAAUGAACCCGUACUCACGCCGGCUUCGCUACUGGCUAAAUUUCAAGAAUCUCCAAGUACCGCAACAUUGAAAUUCCGAAAGCAGCCUUUUCUACGGGUUGAUUAUGCUAUCCAGGCAUGUGUUACUGCAUUUUUUGCUCACUCAACUCUGAAACUGUCACUCGGUGAUCGUCUACUUCUCGAGCUACCGAUAACGAUUCUACCGCUACCAUGGCGUGGCAAUGGCAUCGUAUAUCAACCGUUUGUUGGUGGAGCUCAGCCAAUCCCGGAAAGCGACGAAUCCGGAAAAUUCAUCUACGGCGACGGUUUCAUGUUCACUCCGCAGUACUGUGUAGCCUCAUCAGCUGCAGUAGCAACAACUGCACUACAUUCGAACGGUAGCACGGAGAAUGAGUGCAUCACAAGAUCGAACGGUAAUCCCGAGAACGGUGCGAAGCACUAA